ACAAAUAUAAUAUAUAUAUUUAUUCAUAAAAGAAAACAAUUAUACAUAUAUAAAUAUAUAUAUCUAUAUACACACAAACACGAAAAAAAAACACAAACAUAUAUGACUAUACACAGAAACAUGAAAACAAUGCGCAAACAAUGUAGCAAAGCAAGCAAGCAAGCAGCAAGCAGUAGUGCAUGAAUAGAGGACACAGUAAACAGGAACAAACAAAGACGGAAGGAGAAAACGGAAGAUGAAGAAGAGGAAGACAACCGGCAAAACAUUAAAGAAAAAGUUUAAUUGUUUCCUACAAAAAACACAUGGUAAGCGUACAUAACCUCAUGCAAAACUGAUUUAAUGAUGAUGAUGAUGUUGUUCGACAACUAUAUAUAUAUAUACAUAUAUGUAAUACCAUUGGACCCAAAACCGCCAAACGGACAAAGAGACGAAGUCUGGCGUGACGAAAGAAGGACAGCAUGUGAGGGUCGCUUAAGCGGUAGCAGGGGUAGCAGUGCAGCAAAACGUACGUUUUGCACACGAAGUAAUUGCACCCGGAAGGAAGGGGAGAAGAGAAGUAGCGAGAGAGAGAGGCAGGAGCAUACUUAAAACACAAUAAUUUGAGGCGUUAGAAUAGAGAAUAGGAGCGAGGAGUAUACACAAAAACACACACGGUGCCACGGUACCACAACAUACACACAUUGUUGUUGUUGUGGCAUGGCGUGCAUAUGGCGUUAAAGCUUUGAUGCUGCUGCUUUCGAAACAGCAGCAUUGAAACGGAGGGACGGCGAGCUAGGAGCGCAGCGGCGCAGCAGGGUCGAUUGAAUGGAGAGGGUUGAAGAGAAGAGUAAAAAAAAGUAAUCAAUAAAUCUCAUAUUAACGCCCAUAGCCGGCGACAGUAGUAGUGCAGCUGUAGUAGGCGGUAGGCAAGAGAAGUAUUUAGAAUGCUAUUGACAACUAUUUCCCAAAAAAACAUCAGUAUGUACUAAUGUAGCAUUAUCUUAUCGGUUCACAUUGAAAUGAGUAGUUUACAAAAAAAAACAAAAAACCCGCGAAUCAAAUGCAAAACGAGCGCUUGGCGCUUGGCUAAUGCCGUUCGAUUGCAGUCACACGACAGCAAAUACACUGGAUGAGCAUAAACAAGACAAGACCGCAGCAGGCCAAUCGAUAGAAAAAUGCGAAAUGGAGACACAUGCAACACAAUAUAUAAAUAUCAUUGCAAUUUAUCCACAUACACGGAAGAGACUAGGAAGUGUUAAACGGAAAGCAAAAGAGAGAGAGAGAGAGAGGAAAAAAACGGGAACCAACUGCGCAGACCAGCGUGUCCACCGCUGGAUCUGCAAAGGAAAGGGAAGGUGAGAGAAGCGAGGCAGGAAGCAACACAACAAAACCACACAUGGCACAUUAUUUAAGCUUGUACUUGUUAUUCGCCGGCAAACGCAGGCUUCCGUAGCCAUUGCGCUUUCCAGAAGACACUUUAAACAAAACGUAGAAUCUGUUGCUACACGCGAAUGUUUGCGCGAAGAGCGAGUGGGUGGAAAAUCCGAGGAAAAGCAUAAGCAAAUUUCCCUCCAAACAAAAAAAAAAUAAAAUAAACAAGAACGAGAGGAAGAAAAUCAAUUCGAACAACGGCAGAAACCAAUGCACUUGCUGUUCCUUUCUGU